UGCCAUAGAUUUUCCCACCCACAUACCUUUAAAAAGAACUUCAUCCUAUUUUGUGUCACUUGAUCCUGGAUACUCAGAGGUACCAGGAGUAAUAUCAUCAACAGAUUGUGUGAAGGUGAUUCCUGGGGGAAUCACUGGCAUUGUGUCACAAUGACACACAAACAAAAGUACGCUCUCCUCGCUUUCGCUAUCUUGGGAUUGGGUUUGUGUCACACCGCAUCUGCCCAGGAGUGCAGGAACAGUUCAAAUCCAGAUCAACCCCAGAGAGACCCUGAGGAGGUCAGGAAUGCAACACAGGGCUUUCUAACUUGUGCUGAUCUGGGGUCUAUGGACACUGCGUUCUCUCCGGAGAAUGCUCAGAAACUCAGGGGACUGCUGGACAUUGGAUUCGAUUUUUACAACUUUUUGAGAGCCAGUAGAUCCCCUGGGCCUGUUGAGGACCUGAUCCGUGCCAUCAGAACCAACCAUUCCGCUGUGGGUGAUCUCCGCGAUCCCCGCUUCAUGCGUGCGUGGUUCCAUGUCAGGCUUAGGCCUCAGCUUGCCUUCCAGUCCAAAGACCUCCUCUCCUGCCUCAGUCAGGCCAACCUCAGCUGUGAAUCCUACCAGGCCCUGGUAAUGGAGCUGAGUGAAUAUAAGGAGAGCAUGCAUCCUACAAGACAGAUGAUGGUCUACAAGGAAUUCAUACUGCCUUUCCUGACAAAUUCAUCAAAAGGUUGUGUUGAAAAUAGUAACAGUAGUGGGGACUGGCUGAUAAAGAACUUCCAGUCAUUUGCUUCCUUUGCCUUCGUGCGUGACUUGAUCAAACUGAACAUGAACUUCAAUGCUCUGAAGGUGUUGGACAAACUCACGCCCGAGCAGAAAGUGGAACUGAUACUGUACCCAGACACGUUCAACCUGAACAAUCAAACCAUUGUCCUGGUCCUUCAGAAUCUGAUUCAGCCACUGCUGGAGAAUCAUUUGAACCAGUCAAUGCUCAACAUGACCACACCUUCAAACCAGACCUCCAUGAACAGCACGAGCUCCAACAGCACUGAAAUUCAUCCAAAACUGCAAGCAUUCCUGAUCUUUCUGAGACCCCUGGGAAGUUUCAUCCACCAAUUUGUUUCAACUGUUCGAGAGAGAAACGAGUCCUCCAUUAAAGGCCACGUACUGGCCCAGGUGGUGGUGAACUGGACCCUGUCACAGCUGGCGGGCCACUUCUCCCAAAACUUCACUCUGAAUAACCAGACAUUUGUCGGAGCGGAGCCCACAUCUCAGAUGUUUAAUGUCACAAACUUUGAAGACUGGUUCCAGCACGUGGUGGUCCCCCUCUUGAAGCGCUUCUUGCCAGGCAACACCACAAUUCCCCAGGACCUGACGGCCAUUUUCAACCAUGUUUUUAAUUCAAAUAACGCCAUGGUUCCUCCUGAACCAUCCGACCCCCCUGAGAUCUGUAACAUCAACCACAACAGCAGCAGUACCUGUUUGGUGCCUGAGACAACUGUGAAUCUCGCUGUUGUCUUGAGGUGUGUGACCAACACCACCUCCAUGAAUGUAACAGGAGAGAGAAUAAAGUCAUUGGUGGCAGGUCUGGUUGGAACCCUUAGAGAUCAAAUGAAGAAUGCUGCACGGCCAAACGUCACCUAUCUGUCUGGACGACUUCCAUCCAUCACCCUCAACGCAGAACAGCUGCGUGAUGCGGACGUGGUUGGACUCUGGGCAGGCGCCCGACUCGCUCCUGCCCUGUCCAUGCUGUCCAAAGAGUACAGAUCCUGCCUCAGCGCCCAAGACUUCAGCUGCGAGGCCUUUCAGGCCAUAGUGCGUAUCCUUGGUCAACAUGUUAUGGACAGACGUGAACAACAUCUGGUCUACACUGAAUUCAUUGUACCUUUCCUGUCACGUAACAAUACCCGAGAUCCUGGCUGUGUUCGUAGUGUGAAUGACAGCAGACAGUGGCUAGAGAGAAACUUUGGGCCAUUUUCUGUGUUCGCCAAUCUGAGUGAAUUCAACCAUCUGAACCAAAACUUCUCAGCUAUGGAUGCUCUGUGUCUGUUGACUACAACCCAACUGGCGGACUUUGCUCUUACUCCAGGGCAACUCAGAGACCCACAAAUUGUGCAAAAGAUUUUGAGCCAUGUUGGGCCUGACGAUUUGGGCAAUUUCUUUGAUAGAGUGUCCCCAGCUAUUCCGACCCUAAACCUGACGCAGGAUGUGAGGUCGGCCAUACUUAAGCAGGUGUUUGACAAAGCCAACCUGUCUAACCCUGCUCUUAAUGACACAGAUGUGUUGGUCUGGCUGGACAGACUCAGUCCCUUCCUACCAAACAUGACAGAGGACCAAGUUAAGCCUUUUUUCGCCAUCGUAAGACUCAGAGACUGCAGUACAACUCAGAGAGGAGUGGAUCUGCUCAAUUCCAUCCGUCCAACACUAAUGAAGGACACCCAAGAGGAAAUUCAGAAACAGAUUGAACAGACCCUCAAAGAGCCAUCACCACUACGCUGCUAUCAGAACAACAGCUUUCUUGGAUUUCUGAAUGAUACAUUCCAUGGUUUUGAGCUCCCAAAGCUGACCGGCGUCCUCUCUCUGAUUCCCCCAGGAAGACGUCCAAUGGUGAUCAGUUCAAUCCAUCCCUCUGAGCUGGGAGACUUUCUCAGCCGUCCAGACGUGGUGGAGAAUGACACAGAGCUUUGCACUGUUUUCAACAACUACAACCGUACCCCUGAGUUCCUGGAGCAGGAGAUGCUUCCCGAGGAUGUAAGAGGGCCUGUCCUGCCCUGCAUCUGGCCUCUGGCCCUGGCCGCGGAGAAUCAGAAGGAGGCUGACCAAUGGUUUGACGUCAGACUGAAGCCCUACCUGCCUUUCCUCAACAAGACGCUCCUCACCUCAGCAGACACACUCAAUGCCUCCUGCCUUCCCUUCCGAAAGCUUGUCGGUUUCCUUGGCACAAAUUUCUCCUUCAAUGGCUCUGACUUUACCAAAAAGGAGGCCUUUGACACUGUCAAGACAUACCUGCAGUCAGAUUCAACACCCAAGUGCUACAGCCCCACUGACCCAAAACUGAACUCCACGGCAUGGUUCGUCAACUACAUUGGAGCGUUUGUCAUUUUUGUGACCUCAGAUGAUCUAGACACGUUUGGCUCGACGGAUAUACUGCAAACUUUCACAGUGAACCCUCAAAACAUACAGUUGUUUUCUGAGAACAAUGUCUCACAGACCGCCAUAACUAGUUACACUCAGCUACUCUUCCUGCAAAAUCCCACCUUCAACCCUAUCACUCUCCCCCCAGUUUUUCAGUGUCUUGUCCCAGGCUCAGUCUACACUACUCUGAAUCAGAGUGCCUCCCUGGCUAUUUUGGCAAAUCUACACCAAACGUGUGUAUCAAGUGUAGAUCAAGAGAUAUCCUCAGCCCUUGCUGGAAACAUCCAGACUGUGAAUGCAGAAACCAUCGGAGCCUUGGGGCAACAGAGUGUGGGUCUGACUCCCGUACAAAUCACUUCUGCAUCUCCGAAAGUCAUUUUUGACUCCAUUUCGACAUUUAGCAAUAUUUCUGGCUGGAGUCAAGGGCAGCUCUCGUCCAUUAUCACCAUCCUCUUUCAGCAAAACUAUCAGGUUAACAGUGCUGCGAACCUGCUUAAUCUGGGAACACUGGUUGGAGGACUUCCCUCAACAACCUUUACCUCAAUUCCUGCUUCAGCAAUUAUCCAAUCGGUUCAAAAUCCAACAUUCGUCACUAAUCUGUUGAGUGCCCCCCCCAUUGUGCAGCAAACAUGUGUCAGACAGAUAGUAAAAGCUGAUUCAAGCCCAUCCGCACUAUUAGCGAUUCCAAGUGACCUGGUCACCCAAAUCCCAAGAAACCUGGUGCUUUUCCAGAGCACUGAAGAUGCCAUCAAUAUCAAUAAGAAAAAGUGGAAGCAGGAGCAGGCGGUGCUGUUCUUUGAUACAGUUGCAACUGGAAUUCCUGAGCCUGAUGAUCUCUCGGUGGACGUGCUGCAGGGCUUCACCUGCUCCCGUGUGAGGACGUUCCAGAAGACGAAGGUCCGACGCCUCAUCAGGGCCUGCCGGCGCAGGGGGGCUAGAAGAAAGGUGGUCCUGCAGCAGACACAGCUAACAUGCAUGUACAACUUGAUCAAAGCUGAAAAGCCAACAGACUUUGCCAACUAUUCCUCAGACAUGCUACUGUAUUUCAACUAUGCAGACAUUCCACAAGCCAGCUGCAAGUCAUAUUUCACAGAGGCAGGCAAUGCCGACUUCACCGUUUUGAACAGGGCACUAAGUGGGAGAAGAGCCCUCUUGCUGAACAAUGCAAGACAAUGCUUGGGCAUCACAGGUAUGAACAUAAACCGUGAAAACGUGGAGGUGCUGGGGAAUAUGGCCUGUACCCUGGACCAGUCUUACAUUGUAAACUCAGACCCAGAGAUCCUAGAGAAACUGAAGAACUGCAACGACUUCACAGAUGCACAGAGUUCUGCCAUGCAGACAGUUCUAAUUAAUGGCAAUACCAAAUAUGGACUACCAGCCAGGUGGAGAGAGAAGACCCUUGAUGAUCUGGGAAUUCUUCCACUGUACCUUAACAAUGAUUUCUGGGGACGAUUCGAAACGAGAACUAAGGCGAGGUUUUUGAGAAGGUUCCUGAGAAGACUGAGAAGGGGGAAAACUCAGAAAAGGAAACUGAAGAGGCUCUUCAGACAGCUCCUGCGAGGAACGCGCAGCAAAAGAGGAGCUGAUCAAUGCACUGUUGGCAACAUCACCCGUGCCACCAUAACCGAUGACUCUUUUCCAUUUGGAUAUGACGAAACUCAGUUCAGACACUGUUUAAGUGCUGAGGUUGUAAAGGGAAACCUUGCUAUCCUGACUGAGAAAGUGGACGUGGAUGAAUUCCAGAGAGUCAUCUUGGACAGACUGAAUGAGGCAUACCCAUCAGGCCUGUCAGACCAGCAGGUUCAGCUGCUUGGAUCGGUCUCACGUGUAGCCACCAUCACCGAGAUUAACAAAUGGAACAUCUCAUCAGCUGAUAGCUUGGCUGCACUGAUGAACUCAGAUGAUGGCGAAUGGGAAGCUGAAAAGAGUAAAGUUAUUGUGACAAAGUUCUUGAAAGUGACCAACAACAGCCUUGGCUCCACUGAGCUGAACUUUGUGGGAGGGCCCAACCUCUGUGCACUGGACACCAGCUCUUUGAGUGCCAUCAGCUCGGAAAGCAUUGAACAAGCAGACGCUCUGGAUAUUUCCAACUGUACCACUGAGAAGAAGAGGGCGCUAUUUACAAUUGCCCAAAAGGCCUUCCCCAUUAAUUUCCUAAACCGGAACAGUAAUGCAGUGACCAACUACCAGCUCAUUCAACCUUACCUUGGAGGUGCCACCUUGGACUACGUCAGAAGUUUGUCUUUAUGCAAUGUCAGCAUGGACAUCGAUACUUUGAUCGAUUUGGACGAAAGUGUACUCUUGAACCUCAGAGUCUCCGAAGUGUCCGGCCUCCUCGGCAACAACCUGGCAGACCUGGAGAGUUUCCAGAACGAAACCGUCAUCCAGAACUGGAUUUCCAGACAGCUGCAGUCUGACCUCGAUACCCUGAAUUUGAACCUGACCGGAGGGAGGGCAGACGUGACCACAGCCUCCACUAACACCACAGAAGCAGCGACCACCACAGCUGCCUCAAACACAACCACUACAGCUACAACCACUACAGCUACAACUACUACCGUUGCCACCACUGCAUCUGCAGGGAACAUAGGGAGCUCAUAUUCACUUCUGUUCAUCUUCCUGAAUUUGGUAUUCAUCAAAAUGUAUUUUGUAUAAUAGUGCAUAACAAUUGCUGUCUGAAAUAUCUAAAUGUUUCUAUAUGUUCAUUUAAAGGGCUUUUUGUGUAUGCAGACUGUGCAAAAAGGGUUUUAAUAACAAGGGUUUAUAAGGGUUUUAAUAACAUUGACUUCCAAUACCUAGUACAGCAUGAAACAAUCACAUACUGUAUUAUCUAUGCUUAUAUUAUCCCAAAAUCUAAUUUUAUACUAAUGACUUGUCUGACCUUGUAACUAUUAAAAACAACACAUUUCUUCAUCCUAUUUGUUAUACUAGUACUAGCGGUGGUGAUAUUCAUGAACCCAUCUCCCUACUCAUGUAUGCAACUGUAUCAAUGAUGAAAUUAAACGUUUUAGCCCA